CACACGAACCAAACACCAAACACCACACACACACUUUUUCAAUAUAUCGCUUUGUUUUCUCCUUUCUCUCAAACAUGUCUUCUUCUUCUUCUAUCUGGGUGUUAUCUAACAUAAAGCUUCGGUUCUUUACCCGGUUCAGACGGUUUCUCCGAUCCAAAGCAACGACAAAGCGUUGUGACCCCUCUGAUCGGUUUGACAUGGCUAAAAGCAGAACUGAACACAACAACAAAGUUGAAAUUAUUGAAGUAGUUCAAGUUAUGGAGAAACACAAGGAGGAGGAGGAGGAAGAGUCUUCAAUCUUGUUGCAGAGGACAGUGAAGAUGCUUCACUUUGGAAGUUGGGAAGAGAAGGAGGUUGCAGCGAAGGAGAUUGAAAAGUUAGCUAAAGAGGGUGUGAAGGUUAGAAAGUUGAUAACAGAACUUGGAGUGGUGCCGGUGUUGGUAUCUAUGGUGGCAUCACCGGUGGCUAGUCGCCGGCGAGCAGGGUUAACGGCGUUGAUCAACCUAGCUGAUGGAACUUACUCGAACAAGGCUUUGAUAGUGGAGGCUGGAAUAUUAUCCAAGCUGCCUAGGACAAUCGACCUUGUAGAUGAAUCAACAAAUGAAUGUGCUGAGUUGCUUUUGUCAUUGUCAUCUUUAGCAAAUACCCAAUUUCCUCUUGCUUCAUUAGACUUUAUCCCAAUACUUAGAAGUAUUCUUGAGAUAGGCUCAAGUUUUGACAUAAAAAAAUUGUGUUUGGGUGCCUUAUACAACCUAUCAACUGUGUUAGAGAAUGCAAGCCCUUUGGUUUCUAGUGGUGUUGUCCCUAUCCUCUUGGAAUUGUCCUUGGUAAAAGAUAUUUCGGAGAAAGCACUUGCCACUCUAGGGAACUUGUUAGUGACUUUGAUGGGAAAGAAAGCAAUAGAGAACAGCUCAAUGGUGCCAGAAAGCUUUAUUGAGAUCUUGUCAUGGGAAGACAAACCCAAAUGCCAAGAGUUGUCAGUUUAUAUUUUAAUGAUUCUAGCACAUCAAAGUUCAUUGCAAAGAGAGAAAAUGGCACAAGGUGGGAUUGUUCAUGUACUUCUUGAAGUGGUUUUAUUGGGGAGCCCUUUAGCUCAGAAGAGAGCACAGAAACUAUUACAAUGGUUUAAGGAUGAAAGGCAAACAAAAAUGGGGCCACAUUCUGGUCCACAAACGCCAAGAUUUGCAAUGGGAUCACCCAUAAAUCAAAGAGAUGCAAAAGAAGGGAAGAAAAUGAUGAAGAGUUUGGUGAAACAAAGCUUGCAUAGGAAUAUGGAAAUAAUAACACAGAGAGCAAAUGCAGCUGGGGAAUCUUCUAAACUGAAGUCAUUGAUUAUCAGCACAAGUUCCAAGAGUUUGCCUUACUAA